AAAGUGAAAAGAAUGAAACCUCUAUCACAGCUCAUACACACUCACAGAAACUUUGAAAAAAAGAAGAGAAGAUAGAAGAGACAUCUGAUCUGCACACCCCAAAAGAAACCUUCUUCUCCCAAUUGUAGUUGAGAGUGGUGCUCAGUUCUUAUCUUUCUCCCAAUCAAUACAAAUUUCUCCUCGCAACACCCAAACACUCAAUAAUUCUCUCUCAUUCUCUCUCUCUCUCGUUGAAUCGUAAUUCGACCACCAUGCCGGGUCUCGUUUCCGUAAAAACCCCACCCGAAGCUCAACCGCUCCGAAUAUCCGUACCCAACACUCCGACGCAGAGAUCCGAAACGAACAACGUCAACAACAAAACGCCUUCCCCACUUCCCAAAAAACCACCCUCGCCAUCGCCUUCUCGCUCCUCCAAGAAGAAAACUCCCGAAACUCCUCCCAACCCGGUUCUCUCCGAUGCCUCUCUCGACAACCCCGAUCUCGGCCCGUUCCUACUUAAACUGGCGCGCGACACCAUCGCCUCCGGCGAUGGGCCCGCCAAGGCUCUUGACUUCGCUGUGCGGGCCUCCAAGUCCUUCGAGCGUUGCGCCGUCGAGGGCGAGCCCAGCCUCGACCUCGCCAUGAGCCUCCACGUCCUCGCUGCUAUCUACUGCAGCCUCGCGCGCUUCGAGGAAGCCGUUCCCGUCCUCGAACGUGCCAUACAGGUCCCUGACGUCUCGCGCGGAGCUGAUCACGCCCUUGCCGCCUUCUCCGGCUACAUGCAGCUUGGCGACACCUACUCCAUGCUCGGCCAGGUCGACCGAUCCAUCUCCUGCUACGACCAGGGCCUCCAGAUCCAGAUCCAAGCCCUGGGCGAAACCGAUCCUCGCGUCGGUGAAACUUGCCGAUACUUGGCGGAGGCGAAUGUGCAAGCGAUGCAGUUUGACAAAGCGGAGGAGCUGUGUAAGAAGACUUUGGAGAUUCAUCGCGUGCAUAGUGAACCGGCUUCACUUGAGGAAGCUGCCGAUAGGAGGCUUAUGGCACUGAUUUGCGAGGCGAAGGGAGAUUAUGAAGCGGCAUUGGAGCAUCUUGUGCUUGCUAGCAUGGCUAUGAUUGCAAAUGGUCAGGAUAAUGAGGUUGCGUCGAUUGAUGUUAGCAUUGGGAACAUUUACAUGUCACUUUGUCGUUUUGAUGAGGCGAUUUUCUCGUAUCAGAAGGCACUUACUGUGUUUAAGUCUGCUAAGGGUGAGAACCACCCUUCCGUUGCUUCUGUUUUUGUACGGCUGGCUGAUUUGUACCACCGGACUGGGAAGCUUCGUGAGUCUAAAUCGUACUGUGAGAAUGCACUCAGGAUUUACUCAAAGCCGGUGCCGGGUACCACUGCUGAGGAGAUUUCUGGUGGCUUGACAGAGGUUUCAGCGGUUUUUGAAUCUGUGGAUGAGCCAGAGGAGGCGCUGAAGCUCUUAAGCCGGGCCAUGAAGUUGUUGGAGGAUAAGCCAGGGCAGCAGAGCACUAUUGCAGGGAUUGAGGCACGGAUGGGAGUGAUGUAUUACAUGAUUGGCAGGUAUGAAGACUCAAGGAACUCAUUUGAGAGUGCUGUUGCUAAACUCAGGGCCAGUGGGGAGCGGAAGAGUGCCUUCUUUGGAGUUGUUCUGAACCAGAUGGGGUUGGCGUGUGUUCAACUGUUCAAGAUAGAUGAGGCUGCUGAAUUGUUUGAAGAAGCUAGGGGAAUUCUUGAACAGGAGUGUGGCCCGUGUCAUCAAGAUACUCUUGGAGUGUACAGCAACCUUGCAGCUACAUAUGAUGCUAUGGGAAGAGUGGGAGAUGCGAUUGAAAUCUUAGAAUACGUGCUUAAGUUGAGGGAGGAAAAGCUUGGAAUAGCAAAUCCUGAUUUUGAAGAUGAGAAGCGUCGUCUGGCUGAGCUUCUGAAAGAAGCAGGCAAAACACGGGACAGAAAAGCAAAAUCUCUGGAAAACCUUAUUGAUCCUGGUUCAAAGAGGACAAAGAAGGAGGGAACAAAGAGGUGGCCUGGUUUGGGGUUUAGAAUUUAACCAUAUUUUUACUCAAAUAUAUAUAUAUAUAUAUAUAUAUAUAUAUUGAAUGCACAUGCACAUUCUGUAACAUAGGAUAUCUUGUAUAGGGUUGAAUUUGUAAUUUGGGAGGGAGCUUCCUUGUUUCUUCAUAUUUGUUUAUGCAUUUGUUUCAUUUGGUUAAUUGCUUUAUCAAUUGUGUUGUGAUCUUUUUAGUUGUACCACCAAAAUCCAUCCGUUUCCGGAAAAUGUUGAAAGCAAAUUUUUAUUCUAGUGAAUAAAUUUUGAUGCAAUUGUGUUUUA